AUGGAGAUCCAACACAGAGCUGAGCUCUGUUUCCCACAUCUCCUUAACAGCUCCUGCAGGAAGCCCAUGCUUCACUGGUCUGAAGUGGUCUUCAGAAACGCUGUGCUGUCUUUCAUCUCAUUUGUUACUGUUGUGCUCAACCUGCUCAUCAUCAUUUCAAUCUCCCAUUUCAGGCAGCUCCACACACCUACUAACAUCCUCCUCCUCUCUCUGGCUGUGUCAGACUUUCUUGUCGGUCUGCUGCUGAUGCCGUUAGAAAUGUACAGAAACACAGCCUGCUGGUUUCUCGGUGAUAUUAUGUGUGUUUUGUAUUGUUACCUAGUUACUCACGUAGUCUGUGCUUCGAUUGGGAACAUUAUUCUUAUUUCUGUAGAUCGUUAUAUUGCUAUAUGUGACCCUCUGCAUUACACCACGAGAAUCUCUACAGCAAAAGCUAAAUGCCUUGUGUGUUUAUGUUGGCUGUGGUAUGCUCUCUACAGCAUGUUCUAUCUAAAAGAUGAGCUAAUAGAACCAGGAAGAAGCAAUUCUUGUACAGGCGAGUGCACACUUAUCAUCAAUUAUGUUAUAGGAACUCUUGAUCUUAUCUUAAGUUUUAUAUUUCCAGUUACUAUCAUCAUAGUACUCUAUGUGAAAGUAUUUGUAGUGGCUGUGUCUCAGGCUCGUGCUAUACGUUCUCACAUUACAGUCUCCACACUCCAGUAUUCAGUGCCUUUAAUAGCUAAAUCUGAUUUAAAAGCAGCCAGGACUCUUGGCCUUCUCAUUGUUGUAUAUCUUGUGUGUUUUUGUCCAUAUUACUGUUACUCUCUUAUUGAGGUUAAUUUUAGCAGUACACAUGCAACAUUUGUUAUUUUUCUUUUUUAUAUUAAUUCUUGUCUAAACCCUUUAAUCUAUGCACUGUUUUACCCCUGGUUCCGAAAAGCAAUCAGCCAUAUUGUUACUUUACAGAUACUGCAGCCGGGCUCUU